AUGGUGACCGCGGUGCUACUGUCAGCCGUGCUCGUACUAGUAUCCUCGAUAACGGCAGACGCGCAAGCAGUCCCCUUCCCUGGGGUUCCAAGAUGCACGCUGAUUGCGAAUCUCAAGCCCAACAAGGUGCUCAGCUCGAACCUAGGCGGCGACGCCGGCGCGUAUGGCUACUUCCGCAUCCUCGUCUUCCAACAAGGCAGCAAAAUCAACAUAAAGCUUCACUUCGACAUCGAGUCGCUCACCGCGCCGCUGCCGCCGACCGGCCAGACGCUCUACGACGGCCGACGCGGCAGCACCGGCACGCUCGUCUGGCGCCUACCGAACCCCUGGACCCUCGACGACCCGAACGAAUUGAAGGUCGACACGUGGAUCACUGAUGCCGACAACAAAUACAUCAGCCUUGGCGUUGUUGACAAUAACGGGAGCGGGGGCGGGGGAGGAUCCACCGCAAGCAACAGCGGGGUCACCCCGCCGGACUCGGCGUUCACUCGCGCGCCAUCUGACGGGAAAGCGAAUGUCAUCAAACCAGCUAACACGUCGAGCGCGACGGGCGCGAUCAGCGGCGGCGGAUUCAGCACGACAACGAGCGUUAAGCCGAUGCAAGACGGCACGUCGAUCUACGAUCUGGUUAGGAAGAUAGAUGCGAAUCCGGGGGGUUUCUACGUGCAGAUCAACACGCAGGCGUUUCCCAACGGCGCGCUUCGCGGCCAAGUCUUCCGCCGCUGGAUUCCGUCGGCCAUAUGCUGA